AUGAUAGAUGCAGAUCCUUCCUUUCUCGCCCCGAGCACCUCUGCCCCGACGUUCCCUCCCUUAUCCGCCAACGCCGAAAAAACAACGCUGAAAUCCGAAACGAGACGUAUACCCAUACCACCACAUCGAAUGACUCCGUUGAAGAAGGACUGGGUCAACAUUUUUGGUCCGCUUACGGAAAUUUUGGGAUUGCAAGUGCGAAUGAACGUUCAACGGAGAUGUGUCGAAGCCAGAACUUCGAAGCAUACGAAAGACAUCGGGGCUCUUCAAAAGGGUGCUGAUUUCGUCAAAGCGUAUGCGUUGGGCUUUGAUGUCAAUGACGCCAUCGCGCUUCUUCGCUUGGAUGAUUUAUACCUAGAUUCAUUUGAGAUCAAGGAUGUGAAAACUCUGCACGGCGACCAUCUCUCACGAGCUAUCGGUCGCAUAGCUGGGCAAGAUGGUAAAACAAAGUUCACAAUAGAGAACACCAGUCGGACGCGUAUUGUUCUGGCCGAUACAAAAAUUCACAUCAUGGGAUCUUUCCAAAACAUUAAGGUCGCUCGCGACGCUAUUGUUUCCUUGAUUCUUGGGUCACCCCCUGGAAAGGUAUACGCUGGCUUAAGGACGGUUAGCAGCAGGAUGAAGCAGAGGGCAAUCUAG